UAGGUGAGGGUCUUGCCGAAAUCUUGACCUCACGUACAGACAAGGAAGGAAAAAAGAAGACUGAAGCAUCUGUAUUGCAAUCAAACACCCAUAUCAUGGCUGACAUGGAGGAGAAAGCAUUUAUAUGCCUGGAAUGUGGGAGGAGUUUCACUUGGAGGGCUCAUCUGAAGCGACAUCAAAGGAUUCACACGGGGGAGAAACCCUAUACAUGCCUGGUGUGUGGGCAGAGCUUCACUAAGAGUGGAAGUCUACGUUCACAUCAAAGAAUUCACACUGGGGAGAAACCCUAUACAUGCCUGGAGUGUGGGCAGAGCUUCACUCAGAGUUCAACUCUACAUAAACAUCGAAGGAUUCACACUGGGGAGAAACCCUAUACAUGCCUGGAGUGUGGGCAGAGCUUCACUCAGAGUUCAAAUCUACUUUCACAUCAAACGAGUCACACAGGGGAAAAACCCUAUACAUGCCUGGAGUGUGGAAAGAGCUUCUCCGAGAGUUCAAGUCUACGUUCACAUCAAAAGAUUCACAUGGGGGAAAAUUCCUAUACAUGCCUGGAGUGUGGGCAGAGCUUCCCUGAGAGUAGAAGUCUACGUUCACAUCAAAGGAUUCACACUGGGGAGAAACCCUAUACAUGCCUGGAAUGUGGAAAGAGCUUCACUCACAAUUCAAACCUACAUAGACAUCAAAGGAUUCACAAGGGGGAGAAACCCUAUACAUGCCUGGAGUGUGGGAAGAGCUUCACCCAGAGUUCAAAUCUACAUUCACAUCAAAGGAGUCACACUGGGGAGAAACCCUAUAUAUGCCUGGAGUGUGGGAAGAGCUUCAGUGAGAGUGCAGCGCUAUGUUCACAUCAAAGGACUCACACUGGGGAGAAACCCUAUACAUGCCUGGAGUGUGGAAAGAGCUUCACUACGAGUGGAAAUCUACGUUCACAUCAAAGGACUCACACUGGGGAAAAACCCUAUACAUGCCUGGAGUGUGAGAAGAGCUUCUCUAGGUCUUCUGAUCUAGAAAAACAUAGAAGGAUUCACACUGGGGAGAAACCCUAUACAUGCCUGGAGUGUGGGAAGAGCUUCAGUGACAGUUCAAAUCUACGUUCACAUCAAAGGACUCACACUGGGGAGAAACCCUAUACAUGCCUGGAGUGAGGAAAGAGCUGCACUGAGAGUUCAGGACUCACACUGAGGGAAAAUCCUAUAAAUGCCAUGAGUGAUGACAGAGCUUUACCCAUUGUUCAAAUUUACGUUCACAUCAAAGAACUUACACUGGGAGAAACCCUAUAAAUGCAUAGUUGUGUUUAAAAAGAUUAUCUGAGAAUGGAAAUCUGCAUAGACAUCAAAGGACUCACACUUGGGAGCAACAUACAUGCUUGAAGUGUGGAAAGAGCUUCGUUCAUAGUUCAGGUCUAUGUUCACAUCAAAGGACUCACACUGGG